AUGCCCAUCAACUUCAACAACUACGGCACGUACCAUGUUCUCCAUUCAGAGCUGGAUCCGGAUAGCUAUGUUUUGCGCAUCAACGCCAACGCUGAUAACGGGUAUCAGAAGUUCUCCGUCGACCAUACAGCAGAAAUACUGGUGAAGCUGAACCAGCCAACAAUACGCUCAUUCACAGUUCGAAUCGACGAGCAGGACUUCAGCAUGGACGAGGUUCCGUAUCAAGCAGAGGAAGACCACUUCCAAAUUUGGCUUUCUGUCCCGGCUAACACGAUGGUCAAGCUCGAGUGGAUGUGA